UAAAGCAAACUGGUUCUCCUGAAGCGGGCCCUGCGGAGCUGAAACAAAACAAACCGAGCAAAGCACCAGAUUUAGAUGCGUUAACUUCACCCCGGCGGCGCGGUGUGUGUGUCGAUGCUUUCCCAGAGCCCGCGCGAAGAGGAACAAUGAGACUUCGGUCUCAAAAAGCCGUGAACGUCACAUCUGGCGCGGAGACGCCGCGGACCAACCGUCGCCCGUCCACCAAAGAUACGCCGAGAGAAGCGACGCUCACGAAGGAUGAAGAGCCCGCGGACAGUGACUCCCACCACUCCGAUGAUGAAAUCCCCAUAAUGACCAGGCGCCCGAUGCCCCGUGGCCGGGCGAGGAAGAGAGCCGUUGCUGUGGAUGACAGAGCAACUGACGCGUCGUUCAAGACUCCGAUCCGGUGCAGCGCGCGCCGUGAGCGCGUGCUGUCGGAGAUCGACCCGGUGUCUCCUCGCAACGCCACGGACCGAAACAUCUACUCGCCCAUCGUGCGUUUCCUCACGCCCACCAAGGAGAAUGUGAAGUGUGCUGGAAACACCGUGCUGAUGAGCCCAGAACAAGGCAUGUUUGGCUUUGGCUCCAUUGACCUUCUGGCUGGAGAAGAGGAGGAUGACAUCUUCAACCCCUUCACCUUCAUUAAGAACUUGCCGUCUCAGCAUUCUCAGCCUCAACUCCUCGACAUUCCCCCUAAGACGCGCAGCACCCCGGAGGCCACGCUGGUGGUCGACCUGGAGGAGACGCUGAUGUUCAGCUCCCUGAACGUGAUCCAGGACGCCGACUACACCUUCACCGCGGCGUUCCAGGACCAUCAGUACAAGGUCUACAUGAUCCUCCGGCCUCAUGUUAAAGAGUUCCUUCAGUCCAUGGCGAAGAUCUACGAGCUGUUUGUUGUGUUCCAGCUGUUUGUUUACACGUGUGCAAAGAAGGAAUACGCCGAGAAGAUCCUGAACAUCCUGGACCCCCAGAGGAAGCUGUUCCGACAUCGCCUGUAUCAGGACGACUGCGCCUGCGUCCUCGGCCACUACAUCAAAGACCUCAGCAUCCUGGGGAGAGACCCCUCCAAGACGGUGGUCCUGGACAACGCCCCCCACACAUACCCGUACCAGCUGAUGAACACGAUUCCCAUCUCCAGCUGGUCCGGAGCGCCGGCGGACCGAGAGCUCCAGAAGCUCGUCCCCUACAUGGAGAAGCUGUCUGCAGCGGAGGAUUUUCGGGAGGUGCUGAAGAAGAGGAAGGACCACUUCCACCGGCUGCUGUCGGAGGACUAACAGGACCCCCCCAAACCCCACUAACCCCGCCUUCUUUCUCCUCCGGAUGAAUUCAAAGGCGGCACAUCAUCGAGCUGCCGCCCCCGCUUUGUUUAUAUAUAACACUUUAAAUACGAUGUUAAUACUCCUGCUUUUUUUUUCUUAAUUUAUUGAUUAUAUUGCUAAUCAACUGCUGCCUCCUUUGUAUAUUUUAUGAGUUCUUUUGUAUGCAGCGAAAUCACCGAUUUAAUAAAUCGAAAAAAUUAAAAUAACA